ACGGUUUAUUAAUUGAAUUAAAAGGUUGAUGAUUCCCUCGCUGUGAGUCUAAUCCAAGUCUUUGUUCUUGUUCUUGUUUGUGUAAGGACUGAUAGUCGUUCUUUGCUGUAACUUGUAGUAAUAAUAAUCCGAAAAAGAAAAGAAUGAUCUUUAUUAUUAUAAAUUAAUAAUAAAAUUAGAGAGAAUUGGAAGAAAGAUUGCGUGUGUUGUGAAUCCGGGAGAUUGAAUGGGUUGUUUUUCGUGUUUCGAUUCGAAAGAGGACGAGAAGCUCAAUCCGAAUCCUCAGCAACAAACACACAAUCACGAUCAUCAUAAUCAUAACCUCCCCUCUGCCGCCUCUGGAGGAGGAGCAGAGAAGCUUCGGUCAACAAGUAAUGGAGGAGCAUCCAAGAGGGAAUUUCCUGGUCUUCUGAAAGACGGUCCACCAGGUCAAAUUGCGGCUCAAACCUUUACUUUCCGUGAACUUGCCCUUGCAACUAAAAACUUCAGGCCUCAGUCCUUUUUAGGGGAAGGUGGUUUCGGAAGGGUCUACAGGGGACGCCUUGAAUCAACUUCUCAGGCUGUUGCUGUUAAGCAGUUAGACAAAGACGGUCUCCAGGGUAAUCGCGAGUUCCUUGUUGAAGUUCUCAUGCUCAGUCUUCUACACCACCCUAACCUUGUCAGUCUCAUUGGAUACUGUGCCGAUGGGGACCAACGACUCCUUGUUUAUGAGUUCAUGCCCCUCGGAUCAUUGGAAGACCACCUCCACGAUCUCCCCCCUGAUAAGGAGCCAUUAGAUUGGAACACUAGAAUGAAAAUAGCUGCCGGUGCCGCAAAAGGAUUGGAAUACCUACACGACAAGGCAAAUCCUCCAGUAAUUUAUAGGGACUUCAAGUCAUCUAAUAUAUUACUUGAGGAAGGUUAUCAUCCAAAGCUUUCUGACUUUGGUCUGGCAAAGCUUGGUCCUGUUGGGGACAAAUCACAUGUUUCCACUCGUGUCAUGGGUACUUAUGGUUACUGUGCUCCUGAGUAUGCUAUGACUGGACAGCUGACUGUAAAAUCUGAUGUAUAUAGUUUUGGGGUAGUCUUCUUGGAGCUGAUUACUGGCCGUAAAGCCAUAGACAGCACCCGGCCCCAUGGAGAACAAAACCUUGUCACAUGGGCGCGGCCUUUAUUCAAUGACCGUAGGAAGUUUCCAAAGCUGGCAGAUCCACGGUUGCAGGGGCGGUAUCCCAUGCGGGGUCUUUAUCAAGCUCUAGCUGUAGCAUCAAUGUGCAUUCAAGAACAGGCAGCCGCGCGUCCUCUGAUUGGGGAUGUGGUGACGGCCCUUUCUUAUCUAGCCAAUCAGGCAUAUGAUACUAACAAUCCUGGAAUUGGUAAUAAUAAGGGAACUGGAAAUAGAGAUGAUAAAGGUGGAAGAAUAUUAAAAAAUGAUGAAGGUGAAGGAUCUGGGCGUAGAUGGGAUUUGGAGGGAUCUGAGAAAGACGACUCCCCACGUGAAACUGCUAAGAUGUUAAACCGGGAUCUUGAUAGAGAACGUGCUGUGGCUGAAGCCAAGAUGUGGGGAGAGAACUUGAGAGAUAAAAGACGACAGAGUGUGCAAGGCAGUUUUGAUGCUUCUAAUGCCUAGUUUACAUUCUGCAAAUCCGAGCAUUGCGGCGAUGCAAUGCAAGGUGAAAUUUUUUGGGAUCUCAUCUUUCUUAGAGCUGGUCUAGGACAAGUCUGAAUGGCCAUUUUGUCGUUGACUGGGCUCUAAUGUGUUUGCAGUGGCUGCAACAUAAGAUAAUGAACCUGGUACCAAAAUCUGUUACUUGAGCCUUUUGUGCACUUUGUGUUUCCUUUAUGUAUUUCAUUUUACCUGGUCGUCAUGGGCAUAUUGACGUUGUACAUUAUUUGCCAGAACUAGCCACUAGGAGUUGAAGGUUACAAAACUGGUAUUUUAGAAAAAUGCUGCGUAAGAACAUGCAAGAAUAAAAUACUUGUUCUAACUUGUAAGUUUUGUUCGAACUAAAAUGAGAGAUUUCAAUAUUCUUAGAGCAUCA